ACUCGCUGCGUGGUCUCGGUUAUAUUAUGAAAUUUAUCCAUGAUUUAUUAAUAGCGUGAAUGUCAUACAGUGCGUUUUCACCUGUGCUUUUUUCGUGAAAUUUAUCACCGACAAAACGCUGGUGAAGAAAAGGAAAACAUCAAAAGUGCUGAAUUUAUCUCCGUCACGCACAUUGAUCAACUCUAUGUUUGUUUUCUUCGGAGGAGGAACUUCUUACUUCUGACAAGAUUAACUUCUUGAACGCGGUUUUAAUUCAUGGAUGUACAGUAGUCACAAAAGAUUAGCGUCUUUCCGUUCAAUAUGCCUCAAAGCAACGCUGUAAAAAACGCUGAAAAUGACUGCAGAAUACAAUAUAUAAAUGUUUCAAGGCAAUUCGAUCUCGAGCGACAAAGGAGGGCGAAUCGCACUGCACAUCAAGAUGGGAUGUUCCGUGAGUUUGAUAAAGUUAACACUGAUGUUUCUGAAACUUGGCGAAGGGCAGCCCUACUUGUGUCCUUUGCGUCCAUAACGAUAACUCUAAACCUAGGAAUAGCGUACUUUGUAUUGUCUACCCUGGAUGGAAGCCCGGCAGCGUUUGGCUUCGCAUUUGCCGCAGUCUUAGAUGCCUGUUCUUCCGCUGUUGUGGUGUGGAGAUUCUCAGGUGCAGCGGGACAAAAAUAUUCUUUCGAAAGAGAACGAAAAGCGUGCAUCAUAAUUGGAGGAUGUUUUAUUUUGUCUGGCUGUGCGAUCCUGUCUAAAGCUGUCUACAUGUUGGUUAUUGACAAUGAGCCAAAAAGGAGUACUCCACUUUUAAUAACAACUUUUGCUGCUUUUGGUUUCAUGUUGUUGUUGGCCUGGUUUAAAUACCUUAUUGCCUAUAAAGUGGACAGCAGAGCUCUUAGAACAGACGCCUUUAAUUCGACAGCAGAGGCAGUUAUGGCUUUUGUGAUGGCUAUGAGUGACGUCAUUUACGAUCAGAAUCCAAACAUUUGGUUCUUAGACGCAUCUGCAGCAAUUUUUAUCGGAUUCAUCCUCUUCGUUUAUGGCAUCAGGACGAUUGUAGAGUUACUUCUCACCAAGGGAAUGGCUCCGAUUCCAAACAGUUAACUCGAUAUUACGAUCACGUGUUCGGAUAUGGUAUUCGAUCCUUGAAGAGUAGCAGACACAUCAAUCAUAACCCUUUAGUUACCAGUGCUCUCAUGCGUACGUGAGAAAGCAAGAAAGAAUCUAGGAACGAGUGCAAGAAAUGGGUUGAAAGAAAAUGAGCUUUUACAUAUUUUGCUAUAAGAAUACAAAACCUUGCUCGAUUGGGUAAGAGAGCAAGAACGUUCAUAGAAAAAAAUCUGGGAAUAAGUAUGAUAAAUAAAAAGAAAGAAUAAGGAAAAAGGAAAAAACGAAUGAGCUUUUAUAUAUUUUGCUAAAAUAAUACAAUACCUUUCUCGGUUACUUGUGUUUGUAUGUAUGUUUAAGCCUAUUUAAAGGGAAACAUCAAGAAAAUACGCAAACGUAAAUGCUUUGUUAUACCUGGAACAGGUUUUACGAAUUACGAAAAUACUCAAGUUAAGAAUUUUGUGUGGUCAGGCUUGUUCUCGGCCAAGUGUCUGCGAGAAGCCUGGUUAGGAACUUAUGUUAACGUCAUAGCUUAAACUAGUGCUCAGGUUUGACCGAGUAACUGAAAUGCUUCAUAAAAACCAGAAUGCUAUGUAACCUAACCUGAAUUCUCUAGAAUGACAUUAAGAGUAUGCGCGGUCAUUACGAAAGGCAAUUCAUUCGUUGAGUUUAGGAAAGAAAACUGGAAAAUGGUAUCGUGAACUCGUUGCCUUUCAUUCUCAGAAUUGCACAGUAUUUUUGAAUGAGUGCACAAGACAGCUGGAAAUGUUAAUACUAAUAAAGUCUUAAUUAUUAUAGAGUUAAAGAAUAUUGGACUGAACUAAAUUAUACAAGGAAAAUUUUCUAUCAUGAUAGGUCUUGAGAUUUAAAUAAAUGUUAGGCUAGCCGUGAAAAAGGUUGGUUAAAAAGAGAAUGAACUUUUGAUUCAUAAAUGUUUAAUUGCCUUAAUAUAGUAGUUAACUUGAAAUGAAAGCUUUUAGAAUCAACAAGAAUUACAACAAUGUUGUUGUUUCGUAAAUAUGUAAAAAAA